AUGAAUCGCUCACUCCGCCUCCUCAAACCUCACGCAGCCUACGCAUUCCCCGCCCGCCCUAUCCACGCCGGCCUCCCUAUAAACCUCGCCAGGCCCUAUACCUCCCCCGUCUCUCCCCUCGCAAAGCAUGCUGCUGCCCGUCUCGGCUUCUCGUCUUCUUUGCAACGCUCCAUGAGGGGCUAUGCUACCGAGCCGCCAAAAGACGGUAAAGACACAGAGUACAGAGAAGCCCAGGCCAAGACUCCGAGUGCCGCAUCCGAGGCCAAAAACUUGGCAGGCGGAUUUGCGCAGGUCAUUGCUGGUAACAGUGUUGAAGCUGCCGCUGCUGGUGCACGAGAACAGUCAAACCCUCGAGUAGCCGGGUCGCUCCAUGACGACUUUGUGGGCGCUACGCAAGGCCUGGCGAAGGAAGUCCCCAAAUCCGCUAUGGUGCUAGGUAUGGCCGGGUCGAUUCCAUACCUCGUGACUUCUCUGGGUACGAUCGUCCUCGCUCGACAAGCCUCGAUCGCCAGUGCAGCCGAGACCAUCAACCCCGACGACCUCCACGCCAUCCUCUCCAACCUCCACGUCCUCGAACACGCCCAAAUCACCUAUGGCGCCACCCUUCUCUCCUUCCUCGGUGCCAUCCACUGGGGCUUCGAAUUCUCCAAGUACGGCGGUGAAAAGGGAUACAAGCGUCUUGCCCUCGGUAUCGCCCCCGUGCUCUUUGCCUGGCCGACGACCUUCUUGACGCAUGGUGUCGCCCUCGCCGCGCAGUGGUGUGGUUUCACCGGUGCUUGGUUCCUCGACCAGCGGGCCGCGACGGCCGGAUGGACACCGCCCUGGUACUCGACUUAUCGGUUCUACCUCUCCCUCGCUGUGGGCUUUUCCAUCAUUGCUACCCUUUCUGGUACGAGCUUUUACGGCGCCGGGGCAGGGUCUGAUGUGGACCCCGACACGAAGCGGUUCUACCACACCACUGAGCGGGUGUCGCCGCUUGAGAGGUUUGAUAGAUUGAAGGAGAGGUACAAUACCGAGUCGGCGAAACUUGAGGGAAAGGUGAAGGGGGAUGUGUUUGUGGAGGAGGAUAAGGAGAGUUUCCUUCGUCUGAGGAACCCGGCGAAGGAAGAGGAGCAGAGGAAGGAGGCAGAGGAGGAGAAGAGGGAAGAGGAAGAAGCUGCCAAGAAGAAGGAAGAGGAGCAGAAGAAGAAGGAUGCGGAGCAGGCCAAGAAGAGCGACCAGAAGGGAAAUGACGUAAAGGAGCCCAAGAAGGACGAGGGUGAGAAGAAGGAAGAGCCCAAGAAGGACGCUGGUGACAAGAAGGAUGCCGGUGCCGAUGACCAGGAGGCCAAGAAGAAGGAGGCCGCGGAACAGAAGCGCGCCGCUGGUGACCCCAACACUGGUAUGAAGGGGAACAGCUACGGGUGA